GCGCUGCCGAGCAGUCUGUCUCAGACAAGGGAAAGGCUGGCUGGCACUGACGGUGCGCUCUGCCGAGCAGUCUGUCUCAGACAAGGGAAAGGCUGGCUGGUACUGACGGUGCGCUCUGCUACAAACUGAGGCUGCUCUGCCGAGCAGUCUGUCUCAGACAAGGGAAAGGCUGGCUGGUACUGACGGUGCGCUCUGCCGAGCAGUCUGUCUCAGACAAGGGAAAGGCUGGCUGGUACUGACGGUGCGCUCUGCUACAGUCGAGACAAAAGCGAGAGGUCUGUUUGACUAUUUUCACUAAUGGUGAUCUGAUAUCUGAAGUAUUGAUCAGCUCCAUGCUAGCUAGAGCCAUGAGCGGUCUACUGAAGAGGAAGUUUGAGGAGGUCUAUGAUGAGGACCAGUGCUACUCCUCGUCCUCCUCCCUGUCCUCCUCAGCCUACUCCGGAUGGGACUCGGAGGGGGAGAGCUGCUACUCAGACACCCUUGACUCAACACCCAGCAACCCUGGCUCUCCAGCCACACAUUACAACACCAAGUCCAUCCUGAAGAAGGCUAAGUGUGAGCAGGGUGGGCGGGGCAACGUGACCUUUGACCUGGUGACAGUGUUCCUCUUCCCGCGGUGCCAGGGCUUCAGCAGCGUGCCCAGUAGAGGGGGCUGUUCCCUGGGCAUGACGCAGCGCCACAGCGCCCUCCGCAGGUUCACCCUGGAUGAGUACGCUGUGGAGCAGCGCAUCCUCCGCCGGGAGAAACUCCUCAACCGCCUCCGAGAGGAGAAACUAGACGCUCUGAAACAGAAGCUGACUAAGGGAGGCACGGUGGAAUCGGAGGAGGCUGACCGCCUCACCGUGGAAGACAUCCCAGAGGACGAGAUGGACAUCAGCAGCUGUAACCUAGACGACGGCUCCUUCCUCCACCCUUACCCCUCCAAGCGGAGACACGCCCUGCUGAAGGCCUCGGGGAUGAAGGUGGAGAAGGAGGAGAAGAGGCAGCUCCAGCAGCUGAGAGUGUCCAGGGAGGACUGUGGUUGUGACUGCCAGGUCUUCUGCGAGCCCGAGACCUGCGCCUGCAGCCUGGCAGGCAUCAAGUGUCAGAUGGACCACUCGUCAUUUCCCUGCGGCUGCACUAAGGAUGGCUGCAGUAACCACGGAGGUCGUAUAGAGUUCAACUCCAGCCGGGUUCAGACCCACUACAUCCACACCAUCAUGAAGCUAGAGCUGGAGAAGAGACUGGAGGAGACGUCUGGACCAGAGGAAGAGGACCCGGGAGAGACCACCCCAUGUCACCACUACUACAACAACCCCGUGUCCGACCUUCCCUCCAUCCCAGACCGCCCCUCCUUCCACUUCAGCUCAGAGCUGGCGGCAAUCAGGGAGAACAGCGACACGACAGACUCCUCUGGGGGGAGUGACUACUCAGAGGAAGGGGCGGAGUUAGGGCGGCGCUCCCGGGAGGACGGCCCCCUGCUGGAUGAUGUGGAUGAGAACGGACUGAGCCGAAUCCUCAGCUUCAGCGACAUCGACGACGACUACAAUGUAAACAACCGCUGCUGCCCCGAGCAACGUCUACAGCAACAGCCGUGGGUGAUGACAGGGUUUAGCACGGCAGACUUCCCAGAGGAGAAUGACAAUCUACAGGUGCACAGAGACAACCGGGCCAUGGUCAUAUCACAGCUGUUAGAUGAUAAUGCUAACCAAGGCAACUCUCUGUUCCACCACAGCGGCUUCAGUGUCCCCAACGUGCCCUCUUCCUCAGGAGCAUGCCCCAACACCCCCUCUUCCUCAGUAGACUGCCCCAACACCCCCUUUUCCUCAGUGGAGUGCCCCAACACCCCCUUUUCCUCAGUAGACUGCCCCAACACCCCCUUUCCCUCAGUAGACUGCCCCAACACCCCCUCUUCCUCAGUAGCAUGCCCCAACACCCCCUCUUCCUCAGUAGACUGCCCCAACACCCCCUUUUCCUCAGUGGAGUGCCCCAACACCCCCUUUUCCUCAGUGGAGUGCCCCAACACCCCCUUUUCCUCAGUAGACUGCCCCAACACCCCCUUUCCCUCAGUAGACUGCCCCAACACCCCCUCUUCCUCAGUAGCAUGCCCCAACACCCCCUCUUCCUCAGUAGACUGCCCCAACACCCCCUUUUCCUCAGUGGAGUGCCCCAACACCCCCUUUUCCUCAGUAGACUGCCCCAACACCCCCUCUUCCUCAGUAGACUGCCCCAACACCCCCUCUUCCUCAGUAGACUGCCCCAACACCCCCUCUUCCUCAGUAGACUGCCCCAACACCCCCUUUUCCUCGGUGGAGUGCCCCAACACCCCCUUUUCCUCAGUAGACUGCCCCAACACCCCCUCUUCCUCAGUAGACUGCCCCAACACCCCCUCUUCCUCAGUAGACUGCCCCAACACCCCCUCUUCUUCAGUAGACUGCCCCAACACCCCAUUUCCCUCAGUAGAUGGCACCGCCGCCAGCCUGUCCUCAGAGUCUGACCUGGAGUUCUUUGAUGGUUUCUGUCUGGGUCCUUCCGCCCUCUACAACUCCCUGACGGAGUAUCAACACAUGGACAACUUCUUUCACUUCCAGUUGCCUAGUUACCCCAGCAGCCAAUCACAGGCCAGCGACCCUGGGGCCUGCCUCCUGGAGUCUCUGAUUGGUCUGUCAGAAUCUGUCCCAGAACCCCCUGCAACGUUCAGACAAUCAAGUGUUGGUAGGAAGCCGUCAGGGGUUUAACUAACAGGAACUGAACUGCCAACUGUGUUCUGGGUUAUGUAGUGAAUUAGGGGGGACGG